AUGUCAACUACUAAACUGCCUGUAAGGGAAGAAGUUUUGGUUGAAUUAGAUUUUAUAAGUUCUUUGGGCGGUAAAAUAUGCCUGUGUCCAUUUAGUGGAAAGUCAAAAUACAAAAUCAUGGGAUACUUCAUUUUCUUUAUGCUCGCAUUGACGACCACGCUGCAACUAUUUCUUACUCUGGUUCUGGCGAGCGCAACCGACCUCCUAGAAAUUAUUAACAUAGCUCCGAAUUUAGGAGUAUGUAUAAUGACCGUUAUUAAGUAUACGAAACUGGAAACUCACAAAGAUCUAUACAAUGAAAUUUUCCUCCACUUUCGAGAUGGCAUGUGGGACAUUAUAUCUCCGUAUUCCGAUACUCAAAUGAAUAUCAUUCAAAAAUAUAGAAAAAUUGCAAUGUUCAUAAAUAGAUUUCUUCUCUACUAUGCCAUUCCUUUGAUUGUUGUCGUCGAUUCUUUUCCUUACAUCUUCAUGAAGUACGAAGAAAAAUUUUUUGGCGUAAAAGAAUAUCUGUACCCCUUUGAGGGAUGGUAUCCUUUUGAUAAAGUCAAGUUUUACGGCAUAGUUUAUAUUUGGGAGAGCUGCAUGACAGUUGUGGUUGUAAAUGUUUAUGUAUUUGCAAAUAUGGUGCAUGCAACUUAUAUAGUAUUCACAUGUAUGGAGCUGCGAAUUCUCGGUUGUUGCCUCGAGGAGUUGAUAAGUCCAGACGACGUCAAAAAUAUCACAAACGGAUUUAAUGUUGACGCAAUACACUUACGAACUGUAAGAAAAUUAAAAAUAAUCAUCGCGAGACACGAGUUUUUGGCCAAAAAAUGUGCCGCACUUGAUGCCGUUUUGGGAGGUGCAAUGCUUCUCAACUAUUCCCUUGGAGCAAUAUUCAUUUGUCUAACAGCUUUCACGUGCAUGGUCGUGGAUAAUUUGUACAAACGUGUGCGUUAUUUCUUCAUGUGCAUGUCAUUGUUUGUGGAGAUAUUUAAUCAGUGUUUGAUUGGACAGAUUUUAAGUGAUCACAGUGCAACCCUCACAAAUUCUAUUUAUUCGUCCAACUGGCUCUACGCCAGUCCCGAGGUUAAGAAAAUUAUGCUGAUGUUAAUGUUGCGUACUCAAAAGCCAUUCGAAUUCACAGGCAACGGAUAUGUUACAAUGAACAUGCACACAUUUAGUAGAAUUUGCGGCACCUCUUACCAAUUUUUCAACCUCUUACGCACAUUGUAUUUAUAAUUAAUUAAUAUUCUAUUUUAUUUUGAAUUGAUUAAAGCAGUAAACCAACAUA